ACGGUUAAAGGUAACGGCGAUGGCGCCGGAGAAUCACCGGAAACAGAAGAACCCUCGAAUUUUAUGCCUUCAUGGAUUCAGAACCAGUGGUCUGAUUCUCCAAGCGGGUAUUGGUAAAUGGCCGGACACAAUUCUUCGAGAUCUCGACCUCGAUUUCCUUGACGCUCCGUUUCCGGCCACCGGGAAAUCGGACGUUGAGCGUUUCUUUGACCCGCCGUAUUACGAGUGGUACCAGGCUAACAAGGGGUUUAAGGAAUAUAGGAAUUUUGAAGAGUGUUUGGCUUAUAUAGAGGACUACAUGAUAAAGAAUGGACCUUUUGAUGGGCUUCUUGGUUUCUCACAGGGAGCUUUUCUAACUGCGGCUAUUCCGGGAAUGCAAGAACAGGGAACUGCUCUAACUAAGGUGCCAAAAGUCAAGUUUUUGGUUAUAAUAUCUGGAGCAAAAUUUCCGGGGUUGAUGUUUGGGGAGCCUAAAGCUGCUGUUAGUGCAUUCUCAUCUCCAGUUUGUUGCCCGUCACUCCACUUCAUAGGUGAAAGGGAUUUCCUGAAGACAGAAGGUGAAGUUCUUGUAGAAUCAUUUGUAGAGCCAGUGGUGAUCCAUCAUUCAGGUGGACACAUUAUACCGAAACUCGAUACUAAAGCUGAGGAGAGAGUGUUGAGUUUCUUCCAGAGGAUUAGGCAGAUGCUUUCUGAUGAAUCAGCUCCUGUAAGAAGCUUGAUGUGAUUGAGAGAGCUACUCCAAUAUGGUUUACUUUAGAUUAUAGAUGAUUUUGCAAUUUUUUAUUUUUUUUGCUAAGAAAUGCAAUUUUUUAUU